GGGGCCGCAUAUAUUACAGUAUAACAAGGGCUCUGCCUGCUGCAGGCCUGGCAUGUACAAUUUAGGGGUUUAACAGGGACUCCCCCCGUCUAAUUUAGUUUGGUCCUACAUACUGAUCUAGUGGGACUGUGAGGCCAGACUGCUGCUGCUGCUUCAUUCAGUGGAUGUAGAUGAGGGGACACCCCAUGGCUUCUACCUGCCCAUCUCAGCCCUUCUCUAUAGGGAUCUGUCUGAUAUCAGCCAUCUGCACUCUCAUCCAGGGAAUAGAGCAGACAUCCUUCCUGUCUUCCUACAAUAUAAUUAUACCUCAGAAAGUAGCCCGGGCGCGAAGAGAUACAUCUGGCUCCUCUGGAGAGAAUUCACUUUCUUAUGCCAUCGAGGUAGAAGGCAAGAAACAUGUCCUGCAUUUGGAAAAGAACAGAGAUUUCAUCGCCAGAGACUUUGCGGUCUAUACAUAUGCAGAAAAUGGAAGUAUAAUAUCAAGCCGGCUUCAGGAUAAGGAGCACUGCCAUUAUCAGGGGUAUGCAGAGGGGGUUCCUGAAUCCGUUGUGGCCAUUAGCACCUGCUCCGGCUUACGGGGCAUGCUACACCUGCAGAACUCGAGUUAUGGGAUCGAACCCUUGGACAACUCGGACAGGUUCCAGCAUCUGGUAUAUCGCAUGGAGGAUGUAAAGAGCGAGCCAAUGGUGUGCGGAGUGAAAGCUGCUGACAAAGAGCCGGAGACAGAGCUUAACCCACCCAGUAUGACUCAGCUCCUGCGGAGGAAGAGGGCCAUUCUCCCCCAGACAAGAUAUGUGGAGCUCUUCAUAGUUGUGGACAAGGAACGGUUUGACAUGCUCAGCAGGAACGAGUCGGCUGUGCGGGCGGAAAUGGUGCAACUGUCAAAUUAUCUGGACAGUAUGUACACAAUGCUGAACAUUCGGAUUGUCCUGGUUGGCCUGAUGAUCUGGACAGACAGCAAUAAGAUCACCAUUGAUGGGACGGCAGGAGAUGUCCUUGGACGUUUCGUACAGUGGCGUGAGACUAACCUGGUCUCCCUGCGUAGACAUGACAGCGCCCAGCUUGUCCUGAAGAAAGGCUUUGGUGGCACAGCAGGCAUGGCGUUUGUGGGCACAGUAUGUUCCAGAAGUCAUGCCGGUGGUAUCAACGUGUUUUCUCACUACAAUGUCCAGUCCUUUGCUUCCAUUGUUGCCCACGAGCUGGGACACAACCUGGGAAUGAAUCACGACGAUGGCCGGAACUGCUUUUGUUCAGUGGAUAACUGCAUCAUGAACUCUGGUGCCACGGGAUCCAAAAACUUCAGCAGCUGCAGUGAAGAAGACUUUGAGAAGCUGACACUCAACAAGGGCGGGACCUGCCUAUUGAAUGUGCCUAAACCCGAUGAAGCUUACAGCGCCCCCUUCUGUGGAAACAAACUUGUGGAUGUGGGAGAGGAGUGUGACUGUGGGAAUCCCAAGGAAUGUGAAAAGGAUCCGUGCUGUGAGCCCGGGACCUGCAAGCUUCGCUCCGGAGCCCAGUGUGCCUACGGAACCUGCUGCCAAAACUGCGGGUUCUCCCCUGGCGGCACAGUCUGCAGGGCAGUGGCCAAUGAAUGUGACCUCCCAGAGUACUGCAAUGGCUCCUCCCCUUUCUGCCAGCCAGAUGUUUAUAUCCAGAAUGGGAACCCGUGCCAGAACAGUAAAGCCUACUGCUACAAUGGCAUGUGCCAGUCUUAUGAUGCCCAAUGCCAGGCCAUCUUCGGAUCCAAGGCCAAGUCUGCUCCCCCAAUUUGCUACCAAGAAGUAAACUCCAAAGGGGACCGCUUUGGGAACUGUGGGUUCCAAGGCAACGAUUACAGAAAAUGCGACACCAGGAAUGCCCGCUGUGGAAAGCUGCAGUGUGAGAAUGUGGAGUCUAUGCCUGUGUUUGGGAUACGACCUUCCUACAUUCAAACUCCCAUCCACGGCACCAGUACCGUUUGCUGGGGAGUGGAUUUCCAGCUCGGCUCUGAUGUCCCCGAUCCUGCCAUGGUGAAUGAAGGCACCAAGUGUGAUGAGAGCAAGGUCUGCAGUAAAUUCCAGUGUGUUGAUGCCUCUGUGCUUCAGUAUGACUGCGAUGUACAGAAGAAAUGUGGAGGAAAUGGGGUUUGCAACAGCAAUAAGAACUGUCAUUGUAACGAGGGCUGGGCCUUCCCAAAUUGCCAAACUGAAGGCUACGGGGGCAGCAUUGACAGCGGACCAACAUAUAAUGAUAAAGACACGUCUCUCAGGGACGGGCUGCUGGUUUUCUUCUUCCUUAUUGUUCCUCUUUUGGGCCUUGGCGCUUUUGUUUUCUUCAGGAGAAAUGAACUAAAAAGAAGAUUCUGCAGAAAAAAACGCUCCCAGGCCCACGAAGUUGAUAACAAAAAUGACACCGGAGGAGAGAGAUUAGCAUCAGGGACACCAAGGAAUGCACCAAGCACAGCACCUGGAAGGGGUGUUCCAAAUGCAGGCCCACCCAGGAAUGCACUCAAUGUUCCCCCCAAUAGAGGGACACCGGUUACUGGUCCACCAAGGAACAUGCCAAACCCAGCACAGAGUCAGAGGCCUUCUGCCCUCGGCCCCCCUAGAAAUGUGCCACCUGCUGGACCUUAUAGAAGUAUGCCAGCUACUUCACCCCCUCACAACACUCCCUAUCAACCCAAUAGCUUUGCUGUUCCAACAUAUACAGUGAAGCAGCCUCAGCAUACGCCAUCCAGGCCUCCUCUGCCUCACCAAAGAGAAGCAGCUGCCAAUAUAAUACCGUCACGCCCGGCCCCUGCUCCACCACUAUAGCUACUCUACACAGAUGAUCCACGUAGAAUUCUCUUGGGGACGUUUAUGAUGACGGGGCAGUUGUCCUCAACACACAAUCAGCAUUGAGAUGUGAGCCCUGUGUAAACGACACCUUCAAGCAGUGUAGCUGAGAAUGCUGGGAGAUGUAGUCCAGCGGAAAGACAGAGGGCUGCCUA